CACUGCUGCCCGGCACCGCGCCCAGCGCGGCGCUCCCAUCCCGACGCGCGCCGGGUGCCGCCCCACACUUUGGACCCUCCUCGCUUCCCGUCCGCCCCAGGGGAGCGACCGGCGGCGGAGCCGCAGCUUCACCCGGAGGAGGCGGUGGCGGGACGCGAGCCCUGAGGCGGCCGAGCCGCUUCCUCCUCCUCCUCCUCCCUCCUCCUCCUCCUCUUCCUCCCCCCCAAGAUGGCGGCGGACCCCGCGGAUCAGUUCUGCGUGGCCGAGGAGCGCAGCGGCCACUGCGCCGUGGUGGACGGCAACUUUCUCUACGUGUGGGGCGGAUACGUGCCCGUGUGGGGAAGGGCUGGUGGAGCCGGUUCGCUCCCGGCCCCUUACGACGCGCCCUCGCCGCUGCGCUCCUCAGCGCGCGUCUCCCUUCGAGCCUCGACGCCGACAAUGCACCUGAUGGAAGGGGAGUUACCCACCUCCAUGUCAGGCAGCUGUGGGGCCAGCAUCAAUGGCAAGCUGUACAUUUUUGGGGGAUUUGAUGAUAAAGGAUACAGCAAUCGGCUGUAUUAUGUCAAUUUGAGAACAAAAACCGGAACCUACAGGUGGAAAAAAAUCACAAAUUUCAAAGGUCAACCUCCCACACCUCGUGACAAACUUUCCUGCUGGGUGUACAAAAACAGGCUCAUUUAUUUUGGAGGUUAUGGCUGCAGGAAGCACAACGAGCUCAGUGAUUGUUUCGAUGUCCACGAUGCGUUUUGGGAGGGGCAGAUUUUCUGGGGAUGGCACAAUGAUGUUCAUGUUUUUGAUACAACCACACAGACUUGGUCUCAACCCACAAUUCGAGGUGGAGAUCCACCUCAGCCUCGAGCAGCUCACACAUGUGCUGUGCUGGGAAAUAAAGGUUACAUCUUUGGAGGACGAGUGCUGCAAACCAGAAUGAAUGAUUUGCACUGCCUGAAUUUAGACACUUGGACUUGGUCUGGAAGGAUUAAUAUCAGUGGAGAGAAGCCCAGAGAUCGCUCCUGGCACACGCUGACCCCCAUAGGGGAUGACAGGCUUUUCCUGUUUGGUGGACUAAGCUCUGAUAAUGUUCCUUUGAGUGAUGGCUGGAUCCACAGCAUUGCAACAAAUGGAUGGAAGCAGCUCACCCAUCUGCCCAAGAGCAGGCCCAGGUUGUGGCACACAGCCUGCCUCGGGCAGGAGGGAGAAGUGAUGGUGUUUGGGGGCAGCAAAGAUGAUUUGCUUUUUAUGGACACGGGUCACUGCAGUGACUUGUUGAUAUUUCAGACUCAGCCUUAUUCCCUGCUCAGGCUGUGUCUUGACUGCAUUGGGAAGAACGCAGCUCUCUUGGAGAAGCAAAUUCCCUGCUUGCCAUCCAAACUUCUGCAGGAAGUGCUGAAAAAAAUCACAUUUUGGGCUGCCAUGACCCACAGGCAGGAGAGGAAAGCUGAGACUGAGAGACAAAGCCAGCUGCACUCCACAUGAGGCAGGGCAGGGAGCUGCUGGGACACCUCAGAGGGCUUUGUUCAUGAGCUUUGUGUGCUCCCCUGCAGCUCUGUGCUCACCUGGGUUUCUGAGGGGAGUUUGACAACAAAUCCUUUUUAUGGGAAUCUCUCGUUUCCUGCGUUACGGAAAACUGAUCCAACUUCAUUUGUAGAUAAUUGUUUACCUCUACUCUCCUGGUUUUGGCCACACAGCCCUCACAACCUUUGGUUCUUUUGGAAGGGGACACGAUCCAUUUCAGCUGGAUAAAAUCUGGUUUAAGUCCAAAAAUCCUCCUUGGCCUUACCCCCAUCAGCCUUCCCAAAAAGAUAAAUUCACCUCGGUGUCUUGGGGACAUUCACACUUUGUCAGUCUUAAAGGUAACAAAUUUACCACCACCAAAUGUUGGUCCCACCAGGCUCUGACCAAAAUCCAACCCUGGAGCCUCACACCUCACACUCCAAGUAGGAAAAUCCAUCAGGGAAUUGUGGAACUUGGAAGAAAAAGCUGCAACAUCACCUGGUCUCUAUAGGAAAACUUCAGUUCAUCACCUGGUUUUACUGUUUCUGUCAUCUGGAAGUCCUUUUGGAAAUAAGUUGUAUAUUGUAUUUUGAAUGUGCAAAGUUUAUAUUUCAUUCUUGUUUAAAAAAAAAAAAAACAACAACAAAGUUGCUUAUUUAUUGUUUAAAAAAAGGAAAAAAAAGCAAAUGUAGUACUGGUUAUUUUUCUGUUUCAAAUAUUUACUUAACAGGAGCACAGUCAUUAAAAUUUUAUAGAGAGUUGAA